AUGGAAGCACCAUAUCCAAUGGCAACUCCACAGAUCCAAUUCUACCAAUACCGGCCAGACUCGGACGCACGGCAUAACGCUGUGUUCACACCCAUGCCAACCGAGCAACCUGUUUAUAGCCCCAUGGCCGGGUAUCCUCACCACCCCCAACAGCAGCAGCCGCAGUAUAUGGUCCACCAGUACUGGCAAGGGCCUGCUGCUCACUUUGCCCGAGGACACCCGCACGCCCACUAUGUGCCUCAGCAGGUUCUGACUCCCAGGGCCUCACCACCAUUGACGCUUGCCAUGCCCAUGGCUAUGCCCAAGAUGAUGCUCGACAGCAAUGGCCAUAUGGAGCAUGGACACUUUCUCGAGAGCCGGCACUCUUCCCCCCCGACUCCAUGCCUCUCGGCCUGCCCCAGCACCGCCAGCAGCCCACCGGCCAGCAGUGUCAACCAGACGCCCGUGCACGGCGCCGGGUACUUCAACUUGCCCAUUGAAGCAACCAAGGAGGAAAUGCAGCCUCUCGCCUUUCUGGAUGAGUGGGCGGAGAACGGACAGGUGCACAUUUUCCCGCAUCCCGGUGAUGCCAAGGCGGCGCUUGUGCCCGGCAACGGCGCCGACUCCUUUCACUCUGCAACCACUUCCACUUCCAUCAACCUGAGCAACUGCCCUUCACCUUCUUUAGCACCUGCUUCACCUCAGUCUCAAGUCUCUCCAUCAGCCUACCCCGUGGCUGAAUUUGUCAACCUGCGAGAUUUGACCUCGACCUCGCUCGAGCCUGUCCAGACUUUCCCGCCCUUGCCUACUUUGUCUGCCGAAGACGACGAGCACAAAUUCGCUCUCGGAAACCAGGCCUUCCCCAUCACUCCCGAGCAUGAAACUGCCGAUCCAUUCAGUCUCGUCGAGAACCCUUCGUUUGACACUUCCUUCUGCACCGAGUUCGACUCGGAGGACGAAUUCAGCUUUGUCAACUUCACCGACCCCGAGAUUGCCUACAACGGUGAUAAGAGACUGAAAUUGUCGAUUGGUGAAGAGGAGGACUUCCUCAGCGUCCACAGCUUUGGCAGCUUUGAUGAGGACGACCACGCAGCCCACGCAGGCUUGCUCUCCCCGCCUGCCUCGUCCUUCUCCGACUCGGGCUCGUGCUGCGCACCUAAGAAGAAGAUCAACAGCCAACGAAAGAUGAAGCGCAACGGCUCCACCGACAGUGAUUUGGAGUUCCAAAGCUUCAGCCAGUCUGAUGCCCACAUCCACAGCCACGCUGACGGCGAGAACACCUCGGAUGCCACUCCUCAAGAACAGCCCAGCAACAACGAAGACAACAAUGGCUCCACCAACGCCGAUGGGUCUACUCCAUCACAAGCUCCUGCCAACCGUCGUGGACGAAAGCAAUCCUUGACCGAGGACCCCUCCAAGACGUUCGUCUGCACCCUGUGCUCACGCCGCUUCCGUCGCCAAGAGCAUCUCAAGCGUCACUACCGCUCUCUGCACACUCAGGACAAGCCAUUCGAGUGCAACGAGUGUGGCAAGAAGUUCUCCCGCUCCGACAAUCUCGCGCAACAUGCCCGCACUCAUGGUAGCGGUGCCAUCAUCAUGGGUGUCCUGGAGAACGGAGAGCUCCAGCCUCAUCAGCCUUACGAUGAGGAAAUGGGCCACGCUCUGUACGAGGCGGCACAACGUGCUGCCUUGGCUACAUCGUCCAGCAGCAGUGGCUCCGAGGGCUCAUCGUCCGGAGAAAGCAAGCGUGCUCUUAAGAAGAGAAAGCGAGAUGAAUCCCUGUAA